AUGGCUGCUAGAGGAGCAGACCCCAGCCUCAGGUACCACAACAAGGUGGUCAUAGUGACCGGAGGGACAAAAGGCAUCGGGAAGCGAUUGUCAGGGAGUUUGUGAAGAAUGGCGCUUCGGUGGUGUUCUGUUCAAAAGAAGAAACAGCAAGUGACCUGGAGAAUGAGCUUUCGAAAUGUGGACCAGGAUCCGCUAUCUAUGUGUCUUGUGAUGUAACAAGAGAGGAUGAUAUCAAGAAGCUGAUUGAAGUAGCUGUAAAAACGUUUGGACAAAUAGACUGUCUGGUCAACAAUGCUGGAUGGCAUCCUCCAGAACAGAUCAUUGAUGACACAAGUGCACGGGAGUUUCAAGACCUUCUAAACUUGAAUCUUAUUGGCUACUUCUUGACUGCAAAGUAUGCUUUGCCUCACCUAAGAAAAACGCAGGGAAAUAUCAUCAAUGUCUCAAGCCUUGUUGGAAUCAUUGGUCAGAAACAUGCCAUACCCUAUGUUGCCACAAAGGGAGCAGUGACUGCAAUGACCAAGGCAAUGGCGAUAGAUGAAAGCCAGUACAGUGUGAGAGUGAACGGCAUAUCUCCAGGAAACAUAUGGACACCUCUUUGGAAGGAACUCUCCAGUCAUGCUGCUAACCCUGAUGUCAUGAUCCUUGGAGGGAAAGAUGCCCAGUUACUUGGACGUAUGGGCACAGCUGAAGAGUGUGCCAAAGCUGUGCUUUACCUGGCAGCUGAAGCCACAUUCUGCACAGGCAUUGAUCUUCUCCUUACUGGUGGAGCUGAACUGAAUUAUGCCAGUAAGAAUCAACAGAAGACUCAAAACAGCAUUUACAACUGA